CCAGCUGCCUGCCCCAGGGACAGAGAACAGGGUUGGGUGGGGGGAUCCCAGGCAGGACUGUUAGUCCCUCUGCCUCCUCUCGCCCACUACCUCUGCCAUACUUUUCCAAUAUUGUCCCCUUAGCAGGGGCCUGUAGUGGCAAUCUAGGGGAUUAUUGUAUGAGCAUUGGGUCACAGAACUGGGAGACUAUAAAAUGAGAGAGGCUAUCAUGGAAAGAGACCCAAGAGGUCAGGUGCCAAGCUGCCCCAAGAGGCAGCCACCACACACCUGGGACCAGAUAGACACUUCUUGAAAACCUGGAGGCAGGUGUAGGACAAAUGAACAGAAGUGUCCUUCUGCAUGUGACUGGUGGGAAGACAAUCUCAAGGGACUUGGUUACCCUGAGUGCUUAUGAUACAAAUCGUAGUGUGGGGUCUGGAAACAUGGCUAGAAAUGCCUAGGUAACAGCAGUCCCCAAACCUCACUUCCCAUUGUGCCUGAAGGACUUUAAAAUAAAUUUGACAUGUAACUCAUAUAGUAUAAAAAUUCACCCAUCUACAGUGUACAGUGUAGUGUUUUUAAUAGUCACUAGAGUUGUGCAACUUUCACCACGAUCUAAGUUUAGAACAUUUUUAUCAUUCCCCUAAGAAGCCCUGUACUCACUCCUCAUCUCCUGCCCUCCCCAGCCCUAGGCAAUCACUAACCUACUUUCUGGCACACUUGGCCAACUAACAAUAACUUUUUCUGUGUUAUCUGUGGCAAAGAUAAGAAGAGAAGAGUGACUUAUGCUUUGCUCUCAUGGUGUUUACAGUAGGCACUGAUAAGGCCUACUGGUUAACUAGUAGUCAACAGUUCAGAGUCAGGCAGUCCUAGCUGUCACUCACCAGCUAUGUCAUCGUGGGUGUGUUACAUAAUGUCUCUGGGUCUCAGUGUCCUCAUCUCUAAAAUGAGAUAACAAUCACUUCACAAGGUUGCUGCCAGGACUAAAUGACAAAAUGGGGAGGAGGACUCUACUCAGGGGGCCUGGCCCACGGUGAGGAAGGAGAGGUUCAAAGUGAAGAGAGUCCCUGGAACUCCCCCAGCAGGCCUGAAGUAUGUUGGCGGCAGCGCUUCCUCUGCCCUCGCACCAAGACUGGCACCCCUCUCCUGCGGCCUAGUGCUUUGCGCUUGCAUUGCCCACCGAGUCCUACCCAACCAUCUUCAACCCAGUUCCUGGAAGAGGGGGUCCUCUGUUCAUACAGAGGCCCAGCCCUGAGCAGGCCCACCGGGGGAAGGAAGGAAGUGAUGGAAAGGCCCCAGGAGUGUGGGGAUGAGUCCCCAGACUCCCAGGGCCAUGCCACAGAUUGGAGAUUUGCUGUGUGCAGUUUCAGGGAUGCCUGGGAGGAGGAGGAGGAGGAACCUGCUCCCCAGAUGCAGAUCAAGGACUCCAAACCUCCAAGAGGACCAGCAGAGGCAGCCCAGGGUGAAGGGCUACAUGGCAGCCCUUUGUCCAGGGAGCUUCAAUUAUCCCUAGAAGAGAUGGCUUCAGAUGGGUCGGGGGAUGCCCAGCAGAUUACAUUAGGAGGCUCCUCAGUCCAGUCAGAGGAGCUGGCCCCCUCUGGAGUGGAGAGUCUCCUAUGUCCCAUGUCCUCCCACCUCAGCCUGGCACAGGGUGAGAAUGACAGCUCAGGGAUAGGCUUGGUAGGGAACCCAGAUCCAAGCAGGGCAAUUCCAGCCAGCUUGGGCCCUGGGGAGUUGGACAGUGACCCUGCGGACCUUGGAGAUGCUUUAUUGGAGACAUCAUCAAAGCUGCUGGAGGCAGCCCCCAGCAGAUCCAGCCUCCCUAAGCCUACUGACUGUCUCUUGGCCCGGGACCUCACUUGGGAGCUGCUGGCCAGUGGCAUGGCUGCCUUGCCAGGGACUAGGGAUGUAGAAGGCCGAGCAGUGCUGCUUCUGUGUGCCCACAGCCCAGCCUGGCUUCAUCCCAAGUGCAACAGCGGUGAACUCAUCCACCUCCUGCUCUACCUGCGAAGCAUCCCCAGGCCAGAAGUACAGGCUCUAGGACUGACAGUGCUAGUUGAUGCCCGAAUUUGUUCCCCAAGCUCGUCCCUCUUCUUGGGGCUCAGCCAACUACAAGAAGCAGCCCCAGGGUCGGUGCACCAGGUGCUACUAGUAGGAAAAAUGCCAGAGGAGGUGCCUUCUGGCCUACAGCUGGAGCAGCUACUCUCUUAUCAGAGCCUGCUGACCCACAUCCCCACCGCGGGGUUGCCCACUUCACUGGGAGGAUGUCUGCCUUACUACCACCAGGCCUGGCUGCAUUUCCGGAUGCGUCUAGAAGCCCUACUGCAGAGCUGCCAGGAGGUUUGUGCCCUGCUCCAGGGGGCCAUCGAGAGUAUGAAGGCUGUGCCCCAGCCCAUGGAGUCUGGGGAAGUUGGUCAGCUGCUACGGCAGGCACGGGUCCUGAUGCAGCAGGUGCUAGACUCCCCACGGCUGGCAUGGCUACAAUGCCAGGGGGGCAUGGAGCUGGCAUGGUUGAAGCAGAAGGUCCCAGAGGUGACCCUGAGUCCAGACUACAGGCCAGCAGUGGACAAGGCUGGUGAGCUGUAUGGCCGUGUGGACGGACUGCUGCAUCAACUGACCCUUCAGAGCAACCAGCGAGUACAGGCUCUAGAGUUGAUCCAGAUGAUGGAAGCCCAGGAGGGCGGGCUGCACCAGAUUGAAGUGUGGCUGCAACAGGUGGGCUGGCCAGCACUGGAGGAGCCAGAGGAGCCCUCACUGGACAUGCUGCUCCAGGCCCAAGGCCCUUUUCGGGAGCUGGACCAGGUUGCCCAAGAGCAGGUCAGGCAAGGGGAGAAGUUUCUGCAGCCGCUGGCUGGCUGGGAGGCAGCUGACCUGGGCCCCUGUGGAGCGCGCUUUCUGGCACUGCGAGCCCAGCUGACUGAAUUCUCUAGGGCUUUGGCCCAGCGGCGCCAGCGGCUGGCAGAUGCUGAGAAGCUGUUUCAGUUCUUCAAGCAGGCCUCAACAUGGGCGGAGGAGGGGCAGCGGGUGUUGGCAGAGCUGGAGCAGGAGCGCCCAGGGACUGUGCUGCAGCGGCUGCAGCUGCAUUGGACCAAGCACCCUGACCUGCCUCCUGCACACUUCCGAAAGAUGUGGGCUCUGGCCACAGGGCUGGGUUCAGAGGGCAUCCGCCAGGAGUGCCGCUGGGCCUGGGCGCAGUGCCAGGACACCUGGCUGGCCCUGGACCAGAAGCUAGAGUCUGCCCUGAAGCCAUCAUCGGUGGGUAGCACAGCUAGCCUGUUUGUCAGCCGGGUCCCCAAUGUACCUGCCCCACCUCCCCUGAGGAAGGCCUACAGCUUUGAUCGGAAUCUGGGGAAGAGUCUCAGCAAACCUACCCAUCACUGCCACCAUGCGGCCAUUGUCACUGCCUGCCAUGGACCAGAGGCUGGAGGAGGUGCCCAGCCCCAGCUAUCAGCUACUGUGCCUCCACCAGGCAGCUCUGACCCCAGGAGUCCCAGCAGGCUACAGCUGGUGCUGGCAGAGAUGGUGGCUACGGAGCGGGAAUAUGUCCGGGCCCUUGACUACACCAUGGACAACUACUUCCCCGAGCUGGAUCGCCCUGAUGUGCCCCAGGGCCUCCGAGGCCAGCGCUCCCACCUCUUUGGCAACCUGGAGAAGCUGCGUGACUUCCACUGCCAUUUCUUCCUGCGUGAGCUAGAGGCUUGCACCCGGCACCCACCGCGAGUGGCCUAUGCCUUCCUGCGCCACAGGGUGCAGUUUGGGAUGUAUGCGCUCUACAGCAAGAACAAACCUCGCUCUGACGCCCUGAUGUCCAGCUAUGGUCAUGCCUUCUUCAAGGACAAGCAGCAAGCACUGGGGGACCACCUGGACCUGGCCUCCUACCUGCUGAAGCCCAUCCAGCGCAUGAGCAAAUAUGCGCUGCUGCUGCAGGAGCUGGCUCGGGCCUGCGGGGGUUCCACGCAGGAGCUGAAUGCUCUGCAGGCAGCCCAAAGCCUCGUGCACUUCCAGCUGCGACAUGGCAAUGACCUGUUAGCCAUGGACGCCAUCCAGGGCUGUGAUGUCAACCUCAAGGAACAGGGGCAGCUGGUGCGACAGGAUGAGUUCAUGGUGCGCGCUGGGCGCCACAAGUCCCUACGCCGUGUUUUCCUCUUUGAGGAGCUGCUGCUCUUCAGCAAGCCUCGCCGUGGGCCUACAGGUGUUGAUACAUUUGCCUACAAGCGCUCCUUCAAGAUGGCAGACCUUGGCCUCACUGAGUGCUGCGGUGACAGCAAUCUGCGCUUUGAGAUCUGGUUCCGCCGUCGCAAGGCCAGGGACACCUUUGUGCUGCAGGCCUCCAGCUUGGCCACCAAGCAGUCCUGGACGGCUGACAUCUCCCGCUUGCUCUGGAGGCAGGCUGUCCACAACAAGGAGGUGCGUAUGGCUGAGAUGGUGUCCAUGGGUGUUGGGAACAAGGCCUUCCAAGACAUUGCCCCCAGUGAAGAAGCUAUCAACGACCGCACCAUCAACUACGUCCUAAAGUGCCGAGAAGUUCGCUCUCGGGCCUCCAUUGCUGUGGCCCCGCUUGACUAUGACAGCCCUUACCUGGGGGCCUCAAGCUCCCUUCCUGGAGACCCUGCCUCUUGCUCUGUGCUGGGGUCCCUCAACCUGCACCUGUAUAGAGACCCAGCUCUUCUGGAUCUCCGCUGGCCCCUAUAUCCUCCCAACUUCCCAGAGGAAGCGGCGCUGGACGCUGAGGUGGAGCUGGGCAGCCAGCCCUCUCUGACUCCUGAGGACUCAGAGGUCUCGUCCCAGUGCCCAUCAGCCAGUGGCUCCAGUGGCUCUGACAGUAGCUGUGUGUCAGGGCAGGCCCUGGGCAGGGGUCUCGAGGACUUGUCCUAUGUGAGUGCCAUCUUGCCCUAUACCUACAAGCCCCUCCCCAGCCUGCCUUUCCUUUAGGCAGAGCUGGGAGUGGGUGGGCCAGAGCUAUUCCCCAGAGACCUCCCUAGACCCAGAGCUAGGGAAAUAGGCAUUCAUGCCUAGCCUGGCACCACAGGUCUGAGCCCAGGCCCAGCCCAGGCUUGAAGACAAGCAGUGGAUCCAGCAGCCUGUAGCUCCAAGGAAUAACACCUCUCUGGAUCUGCUGUGACCAGGGCAUGGCUGGCACCCAGGCCAUCUCCAGCGUACACGGACAGCCCUGUUGAGUACCCUUUCUGAUAUCUGUAGCCAUUGGACAAACUGGAAUGGGGCCCCCACAGGGGAGUCUGGCUGCAGAGCCUGAAUGAGCACCCUGAUGCUAGGCUCCUGGCCCCAUGUCCCCUUCUGUUCCCUCUCCGGCUCCCACCCCAGUUGUGGGUUAAGAAUAGACUAGGUAGAGGGUGGGCAUUUCCAUGCUCUAGGCUGGUGGGACACCAUAUGGUUCUGGAUAGUGACUAGGCUGCCCCCACCCCUCAGGAGGAACCCAGGUGGGCUCCCAGCAGCUGCUCCUCAGUCCUUGGACUUAAAGCUGAGGUCCUCAACCAUAGGAGCUGGCCCACUCCUUUUGUACAUUUACCCUUACCUGCCCUGGCCCCCCAAGGUCCAGCCCUUUUUUUUUUCCUGGAGCAAUUUGGUUAUUAUGACUUGAUGCCUUUUGAAUAGCUUUCAAGAGAGUUGUCUAAAAUUAUCUUACUGGUUGUUAGGCCUUUGGUGUCUCAGAGAAGGAGUUUAGGCUUUUGACUUGUGAUUUAUUCUUUUAUUUGUUUAUAAUAAAAAAAAAAUAGACUUGUA